AUUAUCUCUCUGCAUAAGAAAACUUCAAGUAUUACCUCUUCUUAUCUUGUUUAUUGAACACCUUACAAGAUUGGCGUACACACACACGCAUACACACACUGGAUUUUCCGCAUAUGUCGUUAGAUCUUCCAAUUGAAAAUCUUCUUAAAUGGUUGAGAACGUUUAACACAGCGGCAAGUGUUCACUCCAUACAUGAUAUCUCGGAUGGUAUUGUAUUGGCUAAAGUUCUACAUUCAAUUGCUCCCAAUCACUUCACUGAGGAAUGGUUACAAAAAUUCAAUUAUGAAGCUGGAAUUAAUUGGCGACUCAAGGAAAUCGAAGACAGAAUAUCUGUUCAUUUGUUACCUAAUCUUCAAGAAAUUGCUGAACAUGAAGAUAACGAGUCAACCUUUCGUCUGUUACAACUCAUUCUUGGUUGUGCUGUCAACUGUGAUAAUAAAGAAACGUAUAUUCAAAUCAUCAUGUGUAUGGAAGAAUCAGUACAACAAGCAUUAAUGGAAGCGAUACAACAAUUGAUGUCAUCUCGUCUUGGCGGUGUCAGUGGUCUAAGCAGUAUGAGUAGUGCUAGUAGUAGUGAUCAUGGAGGAGCGGCAGCAGCAACAGCAGGGGGAGUAGGAGUGGCAAGCGGUGGAUUAAUCGAUUAUGAAGAUCGAUUGUGUAAAGCAGCUGAACAAUACAAAACUUUAUUGAUUGAAAAGGAACAAUUAGCUGAACAGUGUAACGCUUUAAAGAUUGAAGUAUUCAAUUUACAAGAGGAGAAAUCAACUCUACAAUCAGAAUUAAAUCAGCUGAAAGUCCAGUUGAAUUCAUUGGGUUACAACCAUCAAUUAUUGACAACAGAAUCAUCAUUAUACAAAUCAAAUGUUAUUAUGAGUCCAACGAUAGCUAAUGUCCGUAUUGGUCAUUUACAAAAUCAACUAUCAAAAUUACGUGAUGAAUUAUACAGAACUGAAUGCGAUAAAGAAGAACUCAAGAUUAAAUUGACUGAAAUGACUACACGAAAUCAAGAAUUAAAACAAAAAUGCUCCAUCCUUGCUGCUAAAGCUGAAGAAAGUGUCCAUUUAAAAGAUGAAUUAGAUAUAGCUCGUGAAGAGGCAUCGACUGCUCUCCGCCUAUCGGCUACAAUUGAACAAUUACGUAAACAUGCUGAUGAGGCAGUCAGCUUACGUGCACGUUGUUCCCAACUAGAAACAGAUAAUCAAGUGUGUAUGCAACGAUUGGCUGAAUUAGAACAAGAAACACGAUUGGGCGGGAAAAUUCGUUCUCAAGUGAAAGCCCAGCGUUUACAAGCUGAAGAUGCCCAACUGGAAGCCAGUGAAGCUAUCAGACGAGCAGAAUUAGCUGAACAAGAGUUGAAUAAGAUUAGACAAGAAUUGAUAGCGACAAAUCGUGAAAAAGAGUGUAUCUUCUCAGAACUAACCCGUCUUCGAUCGUGCUGUGAAGGCCUUCAAUCAUGUGCACAAUUAUCAGUUUAUAGUACACCUGUGAAUAACCACCAUAAUAAAACUAGUCACCUCGAUUCUAGUUCAAUCCUAUCGCCUGCAAUGCAAUCACAAAUGUUAAAUCUCCAAGAGGAACUUAGUCGUUUACGUACAUCAAUGUAUAGUAUGGAAAGUGGUAGCAUUCAUGGUGGGAGUGGAGUUGAUGAUAGUGGUGGUGGUGGUGGUGUCGGUGAAGACGAUGCUGAUUAUAUUGCUGAUGAUGAUGAUGAUAAAUUGGCGUUCGAGUCGUCGAAUUUAUUGAUUUGUCAGUCACCACUAGCAUCAGAUAUGCUUGUAACAAGUAGUACAUCACGACCACAGAACUGUCAUCAUCUGACGACAGCAACAGCAGAUUGUGCCUUAUCCAUAGCCGCCUCUGAUGUCAUCCAGUCGGCGAAAAAAGGGGACAAUGAUGUUGUAGAUGAACAACUACAAGAGGCGUAUCACAACCUGUUGACACGAUUAACACAGAAAGAAAGCGAUUUCAUUGAAAUGGAACAAAAGUAUCGUGGGUAUUUAUGGAAAGCUCGUGAAGUUAUCCGUCUUCUUGAACGCCAGCAUCGUAUACAUCAGGAUAUUUGUCCAGAGUAUAGAAAGAAGAGUUUUUCAUUGAAACAACAAGAGAAUAGUAGUAAUGAGAAUAAUAAUAAUAUCGUUGACAGUGAUAGUGAUAACAAUAAUAAUAACAAUAGCAAUAACAAUAAUAACAGCCGUAAAUCCGAUGAAGAGAUUAGUCAUCUACGCAGUUUAUUAGUUGAAAAAGAACGUGUUAUUGAAAAGUUGGAAACUCAUCAUGAACAAAUGCGACGUCAUCGUGAAGCUGAAGAACGUCUCCUUUUGACAGCUUGGUACAACUUAAUCAUUCAGUCAACACAGAACACAAUUGAAGAUGGUUUAAGGCAACAAUCGUGUGAAAAUUGUAAUUAUCCUAUAAAAUCUCCAAGAACAACAACAUCGAAGUCGAAUCAUGCGAAAUCAUCCACUGCCGAGAAUAAUCUCUCCUUCUUAGCUAGACAACGAAAUGUCCAUUUGAAACCACCGAAAGAUUUAACCUCAGUUGUAAUGUCCAGUAGAUGAAUAAUGUGUCGGGGGUGUUGUGGACCUUUGUUUCUCCUUCCCGCCUUCCCUCCUCAAAACCCACACGCAGGCAUGCAAACAUGCAUUCAUUUGUAAUUGUGCAUUUUUUUGUGUAUUACGUCACCAUCAUUAUCAUUUAUCCUCUUAUCGUGAUCAUACCCC